CACAUGUAAGUGAUAAGCUUAAGUGACUAGUAACAUUUUCAAGUUCUCAGAAAGAUAAUCUCAGCCUGAAUCCUAGUCUUGAACUGAAAACAUGGCCGGAGUUCCGCUUCUCCCGGCAGAUGUACUGCUAUCAAAGCGUGUCCAGGAAAUGGUCCUCAACGGUGAAGAACCACCACAUUUAUAUGUUUGUAGAGAGGGUGAUGCAACCCAAGAGGUUUCUUCUACAUUAUCUUCGAUUCCCAUCAUCGACUUUAGUCUCCUCUCAACUUCAGCACCAAGCACUAAACAAGAAGAAGAAGAAGUACUAGAGCAGCUUAGAUCAGCACUCUGUUCAUGGGGCUGUUUUCAGGCAAUAGGCCAUGGCAUUUCAAGUUCACUUCUAGACGAGAUACAUCAAGUUGCAAGGGAAUUCUUCCAGCAGCCAAUGGAAGAGAAGAAGAAGUAUGCUAAAGGAGUUGCAGAUUUUGAAGGGUAUGGGGCUGAUCCGGUCCCUGAAGAAGGGCAGCCCCUUGAUUGGUCUGAUCGCUUGUUCCUUGAUGCGUACCCAGAAGAUCGAAGGAAGCCAAAACUCUGGCCUGAAAGCCCGCCAUCCUUCAGAAAUGUUCUGGAAGAAUACACCGUGAAGAUGAAGAAGUUCACAGAGACAGUCUCUAAAGCCAUGGCAAAGUCACUGAGCUUAGAAGAAAAUUGUUUCUUGAAUCAAUUUGGGGAACGAGGCCCGCUGCAAGCGCGUUUUAACUACUACUCGUGCAGUGAAAGGCCGGAUCUUGUUCUGGGGCUGAAGUCCCAUGCAGACGGAUCAGGAUACACCGUUAUCUUGCAGGAUGAUGUAGAAGGUCUUCAAAUCCUCAAAGAUAAUCAAUGGUUUACAGUUCCCACCAUUUCUGAUGCUCUCCUUGUCCUCAUGGGCGAUCAAAUGGAGAUAAUGACUAAUGGAGUGUUCCAGAGCCCGGUUCAUAGGGUGGUGACCAACUCGGAGAGGGAGAGGAUUUCUGUGGCUAUGUUUUAUACGCCCGAACCAAACAAAGAGAUUGGACCAGAAGAUGGCCUGGUCAACCAGGAGAGACCAAAGAUUUUCAACAAGGUGAAAGACUAUGCUGAUAUACACUGGGAAUACUACCAGCGAGGAACCAGAGCACUCCACGUGGCAAAAGUUUAGGGUUUUUACCAUCUCUCUUGCCUAUAAUACUUCUCUGAUAAUCUGUGCUUUAUGUAAAUAAUUUGUAGACGAGUAAUGCUAAACGUCUUUUUUGUGUUUUCUAAAUUGAUGUGGUUUUUAAAAUUAUCAUUAAAUUUAUGAUAGUUAAGUCAGUUUUGAGGAAACAAAGGGAAGACAUAAGAGAGACGUUUUAGCAUUAUUCAUUUGUAUACUCCUUUACUUGUGGCUUAGGCUGCAGGUUUGGAGAUGCUUCUAUGUUAUGUGGAUCUAGUGUGGAACAAUGUAAUGUUGAUCCUACUUUGCCAGGAAAAUAGCUUCCAAACUAAAAGAAUCCCAGAAAUGAAGAGGCAAUUAUUCAAUUUCUGAUAAAUUAAGCCAAAAACAUCCAAAAAGAUAGCUUCUAGCCUUCUAAGGCCCCUCCAAAUAAACUUACUUGACCCACACAAAUCUCCAAAAGGCAACUUGGUGAGGCAUAUAGGCGCAUCACCAUCUGUCAAGUCUAUAAACCUUGAUAUUCAUCAAAUGUAAGGAGACACUAGAGAAGAUCAAACAGAUCCAAAAGGAUCCUCUCCAUUUCAAAGGAAAUGGACUAGCCAAGUUCUCUCAUUAAUAUUUUCAUUUUUGAAAAAGAAGAAAAAAAAGAUAAGAGGAAUUAAAUAUUUGUUCUUUUUUAUUUAUUGACC